CGCAGGAAGUAAAGCAUGCUCCGUGUCAGCCCGGGUCCACCAGUCUGCAGCUCCGUGUCAGCUCCGUGUCAGCCCGGGUCCACGAUCACUGCUCCGUGCGCCAUGGCCGUGCUGCUGGACCUGCUCCACGGCUGCCCUCAUGAGGACCAGCUGCUGCUGCUGCAGGACUCGGACCUGCACGUCUUCCUGCUGACGGCUGACCCGGAGCAGCGGAGCUUCCUCCCGGACCAGACCCCGGUGAUCGUGCUGGAGCAGCGCUCCCCGGCCCGGGCUCUGUACGGGCUGAAGCUGCGGCUGGACCAGCUGCAGCUGAGCCGGGUCAGGGUGGUGACCAGCCCGCGGGGCCGGGGGCAGCUGGCCCGGUACCAGCAGCUGCUCUUCACAGCUGUUUACACCUUUGACUACACCGAGGUCCUGGAGGACAAGUCUACCUGUCCCAGCUGCGGAGGCCACGCCCACCCAGACUCACCUGCAGGAUCCGUGCAGGAGGACGUGUCUGCGCUGGUGCAGCAGCUGCCUGCCCUGGGAGGAGACAUGAGAGUUCUGACCUCCGCUCUCAUCCCAGACUGCUUCGGUCAUGGCUUCAGCACCCGAGCUGGCGGCGUGUCCUGCAUCCCCACCCUGUCCUCCCUGAAUCUGUUCAGCAGCAGCAGGAGGAGGGAUCCCCCGGCCGUGGUGAUGGAGAACAGACGCCGCCUGGCCCUGCACGCCGGCUUCCACCCUCUCCCUCUCCGUCUGGUGAAGGUGAACCACGCCAGCGACGUCUGGGUUUUGGGGAAAGCUGAGCCAGAAAGCUACGACGCCAUGGUGACCGAUCAGCCUGGGGUUGUUUUAGCCGCUCCGGGGGCCGACUGCAUGCCCAUCCUGUUUGCUGAUCCAGUGAGGAAGGUUAUCGGAGCCGCUCAUGCAGGUUGGAAAGGGACAGUGAUGGGGGUUGCUAUGGCGACCGUGAAUGCCAUGGUGACGGACUUGGGCAGCCGGCUGAGCGACAUCGUGGUGGCGGUGGGCCCGGCGGUGGGGGUGUGUUGCUUCACCCUGGACAGAGAGCAGGCGCUGGACUUCACCUCCAUCCACCCAGACUGCGUUCCUGAUCCGGAGUCGGCCAGGCCGCACGUCGACAUCCGCCUCGCCAACAGAGUUCUCCUCCAGAGAGGGGGCAUCCUGCCAGAACACAUCCACGACAAUGCCGUGACAAACCAACCCUGCAUCUCACCCUGCACGUCAUGUCACCCCAAAGAUUUCUUCUCCCAUGUGAGAGACGGACUCAACUUUGGUACCCAGGUGGGUUUCCUGUGGAUCCGGGGGACAGAGGAUCACGCUGGACCUCUAGCCAGCCAGACGGGCUGAUCCAGGGACAUUAUGUUCAUGUGUAGAGUUCCUGAAAAUCUUCAGCACCAUCAAAUACAUCUGUCUUCAUCCAGCAGGAAGUGGACAACCUCUGUUUACGUACCACAUUGUGGGUAAAUAAGCUCUAACGGACUUAAAUGAUGAUACGCCUGAUGACCAGGCUCACAAAAGUGCAACUGUGGCGUUAUUGUUCCAUCAGGA